AUGGAUCUCACAACUCUAUUUCACAAUCUUCGCGAAGAAGUGUCUUGUUCGGUGUGUUCGGACUUGUUCACAGAUCCUAAACAACUCUCCUGUCUGCACAGUUUUUGCUUGAAAUGUGUAAAUCAGUGGUACCAGACGUGCGGCGGCGGAGACGCCAUUAAAUGCCCGAAAUGCCAAACGCUAAGCAGAAUACCAGCAAGCGGUGAUCUUAAAGAUCUUCCAACAAGCUUUUAUUUGAAUGGUUUUAUCGAUGUUCUUGCCAUCAAAGAAUGCAAGAACACUCAACUAACAUGCGGAAACUGUGACAAGAAGAGCUCGGAAGCGUCGUAUUGUUUCCAGUGUUGCAUAUUUUUUUGCGAAGAAUGCUUAAUGUUUUAUAGUAAAAUGCGAGAAAAAACGGGACACCGUGCUUUGGCAGUAAAGGAAUUCCAAGAUAAAGACUUCGAGGAUGUAUUGAAGCGACCAAUAUUUUGUUCAAGACAAGGACACCAGCAAGAAGAGCUCAAAUACUACUGCAAAGAAUGCGAAACGGAUCUUUGUCAAACUUGCGUCACUUUGGAUCACGGAGGUCAUUUUUUCAAAUUGAUCGAAGAAGAAGCUGAAACCAAAAAACUUGAGAUCAAAUCUGUAAUCGGAAAGCAGAGACAAAAUUUAGAAGCAAAAAUGAACAUAGUAAGUCAACUGGAUGAAGACUGUGCGAAAGUGAUUCAACAAAGCGAAGUAUUAAAAAGAGACGUUCAAAGGUUUGCUGAUCACUUGAUCAAAACAAUUCAAGCAAAAAUGCAAAAUAUAAUCACUACAGUGGAAGGCCAAACUAAGACGUCCAUUGAGAGUUUGACAGCAAAAAGGAAGGAGCUUCAGCACCAAAUUAAAGUUAUUGAUUCAUCAGUGGAAGAAGCUGAUAAACUCUUUCAGAGAAGUACCAAUGCUGAAGUUGUUCAGCUUAAAAAAACAUUGCAAACAAUUUUUGAGAGGGCGGAUCAGACAGAGGUUGUUACUCAUGACCCUGGAACUCAAGAAGAUUUGGUUUUCAUUGAAAAUAAGAAAAUGCUUGAUGUUGUGAACGGAGAAGAUAUUGGAUCCUUGGAAACACUUUAUCAGACAAAAGCAAGUGAAUCUCUGGCUGAAGGCGAUGGACUGAAAGAAGGAACUGUAGCGCGUAAAGCUCAAUUCAAUUUGAUCACAAGAAACGCUAAGAGAAAACAGGGAUAUGAUUGGAGGGACCGUGUCACGGUAGACAUUAAAGACGAGCAAGGACAAGAAUGCGUGACGGAAGUGAAAGUACAGAACAUGAAAUAUGGCACCUACAAUGUUAGUUUUUAUCCCAGAGUUAAAGGAACAUUCAAAUUGUAUGUUAAGGUAAAUGAGGAACAUAUUCGUGGAAGCCCUUUUGCAACAAGGGUAAAAUCAUUUCAUGCAAAACCUGUUUUAUGUUUUGGAGAGAAAGGUUCGGGUGAUGGGAUGUUUAAGAAUCCUCUGGGGGUGGCAGUGACUGACAAAGACGAAAUAGUAGUAGCUGACUGUUUGAACCAUCGGGUUCAAGUGUUUGACAGUAAUGAUACUUUCUUAAGAUCCUUUGGUCGCCAAGGAAAAAAAACCGGAGAGUUCAACAGACCUUUUGGAAUAGCCAUUGAUAAGGAUAGAAAAAUUUUGGUAGCAGACCAAGAUAACCAUAGAGUGCAGAUCUUUAGUUGGGAGGGGAGGCAUCUGGGUUCAUUUGGCGGCAAAGGAAGCCUUGACAGUCAGCUCUCUAACCCUUGGGGUUAA